AAGUCUCUCGGACUUGCCGCAUGACGAGAUGUGAAGGAAACCAUUAGUAGCAACAUUGUGAUUAUCUGUUUGCGAGUUUGUAUGCCCUCAAAACAACACUUUAAGUGAGAUCUCUUCAUUGGAUACAUAUAUUGGGUCAAUCUUAUGACAUCUGUCUGUUACAUGGAGUAGUCAGCGGAGCAUAAAUUACCAUUUGGAGAAGUGAAGUGCGCUGUCAAGUGUAUCCACGGAUUGUCAAUUUGCAAUGCAUCAGCAGAGGCCAUGUUCAAAACUUGGAGCGAAUCAGCGAUUAUGAAUUAGAAAGUCAGGUUCAUAUUCACUUACGGGAUCGCGGCGAUAUCGCCUGCGAUAGAAAAUACCAUCAUGUCUGCGAAGGUUGCCGAUAGAAUCGACCCUUUCACCAGUAAGGUGUCUAUCAAAUCUAAAAAACAGAAACGGUCUCAGGGUUCAUCGCAUUAUCGGACUAAAAAUGCCCCUGAGUUGCAGGCUUUACCUCAUCUUAAAGAUACUCCACCUGGGGAACAGCAGGACUUGUUCAUCAAGAAGCUUCAGCAAUGUUGUGUUGUGUUUGACUUUAUGGACCCUGUGUCAGAUUUGAAGAGUAAGGAAAUUAAAAGGGCCUGUCUGAAUGAAUUAGUGGAUUACAUCACAGCUACACGCAAUGUUCUGACAGAACCUACGUAUCCGGAGAUUGUUCGAAUGAUUGCAUGUAAUAUUUUUCGCACUCUUCCACCUAAUGACAAUCCUGACUUUGACCCGGAAGAAGACGACCCAACACUGGAGGCAUCAUGGCCUCAUUUACAGAUUGUUUAUGAAUUUUUUCUCCGCUUUCUUGAAUCUCCAGACUUCCAGCCAAGUUUGGCCAAGAAAUAUAUAGACCAAAAGUUUGUUCUUCAGUUAUUGGAACUCUUCGACAGUGAAGAUCCACGGGAACGAGACUUUUUGAAAACUGUCCUUCACCGGAUCUAUGGAAAGUUUCUUGGACUUAGAGCUUUCAUUAGGAAACAAAUAAAUAAUUUUUUCCUCAGGUUUAUUUAUGAAACAGAGCAGUUCAAUGGAGUUGGAGAACUAUUAGAGAUAUUAGGCAGCAUUAUCAAUGGUUUUGCUUUACCACUGAAGGCAGAACACAAGCAGUUCCUCAUCAAGGUUUUGAUCCCUCUACACAAAGCUCGCAGUCUAAGUCUCUAUCAUGCACAGCUGGCCUACUGUGUCGUGCAGUUCUUGGAAAAGGAUGCUGCUCUCACUGAGGAUGUUAUCAAGGGUUUACUUAAGUUCUGGCCGAAGACCUGUAGUCAGAAAGAGGUGAUGUUCCUGGGGGAAAUUGAGGAGAUCCUUGACGUGAUAGAACCUGCUCAGUUCCAGAAGGUGAUGGAGGCCAUGUUCAGACAGAUAUCCAAGUGUGUGUCCAGCCCACACUUCCAGGUUGCAGAAAGAGCUUUAUACUACUGGAACAACGAGUACAUCAUGAGUCUGAUCGAGGAGAACUCAAAUGCGGUGUUGCCAAUCAUGUUCCCAGCUCUCUAUAAGAUUUCUAAAGAGCACUGGAACCAGACCAUUGUGGCUCUUGUCUACAAUGUCCUGAAGACCUUCAUGGAGAUGAACAGCAAACUGUUCGAUGAGCUCACAGCUAACUACAAAGCUGAGAGACAAAAGGAGAAGAAGAGGGAGAAGGAUCGUGAGGAACUGUGGCGUCGACUUGACAAGUUGGAGGUGAACAACCGUAACAAGAUGAUCAAGAACUCCUAACAUCCAUGCUGUGACCUCGCACCUCGACUCCAAACCCUCAAUGCCCGCCUGUGCUCGCUUGCUUGAUCGCUCGCUCAUCUGCUCCCUGCUGCCAUGUCUGGCUUGAUGACAGUUGUUGAUAUGUAGUUAAACUGUGUGCCAAAGCAAUGUGCUGGAGUUUUGGCAGACAGUCAUGGAGCACCAUCUCCUUCAGGAGCCAGUCUAGAUUCAAUGUUAGAAAUGUUGCAUUAGGUGCUAGCACCCAAUCAACAUUCAACAUUUCCGAAAUCAAUACUUUAAUUUAUGGCUACAGCCUGCAAUAACCUUUAUUUGUGUUUCUAUCACACAUUCAGAACCUUUGUUGUGGAGGUCUUGGAACACUCUGUCAAAUUGCUAGUGAUACUAGUGAACUCACAAGGUAUAAUGGGGAUUUACAGAGGGACUGUCCCAGGCUUAUUUUUGCUGUAAUUCCCAAUUCUCGGGUGAAGAUUGCAACAUUGAUAAUAUCCAAGGGACAUACUGUAAAUGUAGGUUGUCUUAUAUUUUAGCCAUAGUUCAUUUUCAAGAAUGUGAAAUGUUUGAGAUGCAGCCACACACAGUUGGAUCUCCGAAAGCCAACCUACUCUUCCCAAGUCUUCACACAAAUCAUCUUUGACAUCACGAACAAUGGAUGAUGUCAUUGCCAGUCUUCUGCCACAAUGCACUGAUAGGAUAUGUCACUUUGCUAGACCGCCUCACUAACAAAAAGCGUAGAUUAGCCAAUUGGUAUGAAAGGAAGUGAUACCAAAAAUAAUUCCUCAAUGGGUUACGCUGGCUAUUGAUUGGUUGGAAGUUGUCUCCACAAGUUGAUGAGAAUAUCUAUGUAUAUGGUCACAGAAACUUUGUUAAUGAGAUUCACAGGAAGAUUGUUGAUAUUUAUGAGUAUUGUAAACUACACUGAUCACUAACUUGAGAAGUCUGUUCGCUUCAGACUGUUAUGACCUGUAGUCAUACCCAAGGAUCAAUUGUAACGUCAUUAUUUAUUUCAAAUUUUUAGUCAAGUGUUUGUAGUGAGUGUCUCACUACAGUAGAUGGCUUGCUUGCAUGUGGAACACCGUCAUCAGAAAGUCAUACAGUGUCAUAUGCAUUAUACUUUGUCAUCCUACAUAAGUGGUGCUGUUUAAGUCAACACUGUAUAUACUUAUAUAUACAAUAGCUGGAGCAUAAUAUAUGGCUUUGGAAAGGUUCAGGGAAUUAUUGUAUGGAAUUGGUCUUGUAUGUCAUAUGUCAAAGAUUGAGUAGACACUAGUCUUGUCGAAACGUUGAUUUAAAUUUCAAAAUUGUUUUCUUGCUUUUGAUAUUUGAUGGAUGUAAGUAAGUUGCUUUAAGGAAAGGUUGAAUCAUAUAAACAAUUAUUCAUUUUGGUUUUCAUGCUAUUUUCCUAAUCAAUGAUAUGACACCACCCAUCAAGGCUAUAUGUACACCUUAUCUGAAACAAAAUCUUUUAUCAAUUUCAAAACAGUUAUCUCAUGCUCCAUGGAGACAGCUUGGCAGUGUGUUUAGAAAAUUGACUUAAAAUGGAGAUUUGUCACAUCGACAACAGCCAGUGCGUGUUUCAAUAGAGCAGAUGGCAGCUGAAUUCAGACUUAUUUUACUCAACUGAUAUUCAUUUAAACUGUACUGAGUAAUACUGCUGUAAAAAUAUGUUUAUAGUAGCUAGGGAAAUAGUACCAACUUUCCAUUUAGCCUUAUUGUAUUCUAGUUCAGUGUAAAAACUAAUGUUGUAUAAGUAAGUACACGAAAUUUUUCUGACAUUUAUCAUGAAGAAGUACACAAGAAAGCAUUCACUGGCCAGUAAAAGAGUGAAAUAUAAUUUUAUUGUUAAACAUUUGAAGAUUUGGCUUUUGUUUGUUGGUUUGUUCGAUGUGAAAAGGAUAUAUUUUGUUUGAUGGUUGACAGAUAAGGAUUUAUUUAUUGCAUAAGAGGAAGCUAUGGAUAUAUUGGUUUGUUGACAAGGUUUCAGGUGUCCAUCUACUGCCACUGUAGUGUGGUAGAUGAGGAUUACAAACUAACAGAAGUCUCAUGUGCUAGUUAUUGUGGGCACUGUAUGUAACUGACAUUGCAAGCAAACAAGUCACUAUGUCCGUCCGCAUCUUAGUUGUCCAUCUCAUUUCUACUGUCGAGCGUUGUGUUUUCAUUUGUUCAGUUUCAUCGUGCCAUUAUGACUGUUUGACCUACCAUGUCUUGUGUCUGAAGCAAAAAUCUGGAACUGCUUCAUUUUGGCAUAUCUGACAAGAAGAAUACCGGUAUAUCGCUAGGAUUGUACAUCAAUUUCUUGCAGUACUGGAACAAAUUUGUUUUAAUAGAUUGAAUAAUGAAAAGUAGCCUGAUGAUUUUAGGAACUGAAAUGUUAGUGUGGCUCUGUAAGCUAAGGAUUUGCUUUCAUUUUGAGUGUUUCUUUUAAUAAUGAAUAAUUAUGAGCAAAAGCGCAUGUGAAACAAUUGAUAUAUAAAAAUGUUCCUUGUGUUAUCAUUUUGUUGUUAAGUUGCAAAUGUUUGCAUUCUCAUUGAUAUUGUGAUCUUCAUAGCCCUUCAUAGCCCUUCAUCAUGUGUUAGACUUUUCAUAAGUUAAACAUGGUGGAUCUUUCAAUAUCUUCUGACGUGAGUCGUGAGCUGUGAACAGUUGCAAGGAAGUCGGUAUGGGACUGAGGAAAAUCACACCGAGAUUCCCAGAAAGUAGCAGUAUCAUGGCAAUGUUAUGUUGGACAACGUAAUUAUGUUGUGGCCACUGCCUAGUGACAACACUACUUGAGAGUGAGGAUGUUUGUUAGAGGCAUAGAACCUUACUCUAGUCACUAGCUUCACAUUACAGAGUUCUGAGUGUCACAGAGGGACGCUUAUCUUGGACGGAACCUGCGUGUUCUCCUGAGAUUUGUUCUUAAUCGAGAUUUGUUAUGACUUGUGAUACUGUAGUGUAUUCAGUUGGUGUUCCUAUGCUUGUCCUGUAUAUACAUUUCUUCACCCACUCUUCAUGUAAUGUAUGACUUAAUAGUGUAUUUGUGUCACAAACCUACAGGAAUAUAGAUUCAAAUUACUUAGAUUUGUGCACAUGGAGAUAAUAUUUUGAUCUUUCAGAAUGUUUUCAUAGAAGUUGAACUCUUUCAGACAUUGUUAAUUUGAUUUCUAGCUAGGAUAUUUUUGUUAUGACAUCUGUAAGUAUCAGAACUGAUGAUAGUUACUUGAUAUAUGGACUAAACUCCCAUGUGAUCUAACAGAAAUUUCUACAUCUAACUGCAACUAUGCCAUUGUCAGUGUGUGAGUGGGAACGAAGGGGAGGCUUAUACUUUGCCAGUCAGAUGACACGUUCUGCAAUUGCAAUGUAACUUGAAACAUCUAACAAUCAAAGUAUUUUUGUGCCAUGAUAGCUAUUCAAGGAUGUUUGACUGCCUCUUCAUCUCUAACAAUGAUUUCAAAUGGUAAGCUUUGAGUGUUGCAUUGCUGCAGUGAUUGGACUGGUCAGUGAGUCUGUAAUUCCCAUGUAUGCUUCCGACAUAGAUCUGUAGCAGUCUGUUGUGUGUUACGUGAAUAUUAUCCUCUGCUGGUGUGCUAAUGCCAGACCAGUGCUUCAUAGGGCAAACAUUUCUCAAAGUGACAAAGGGAGGCGACUCAGGUUUCACCACAAAGGGAGAUCACUCUGGUUUUGGUACCUUCCCAAGAAUUGUAUGUCUUAUUGAUCACAGUUCUGGCCUACACUGACAGUGAGAAGUUUGUGUCGAGUGUUCUUCACAGGGUUGUGUGACCUGAUAUUGAGGCUCUUGCUGCCAUCAUUGUUGUGGCAGGCUGGAGGACGUGGCCCUCAUCUUAUUAGCUAGACAACUGCAGAGGUAUACUAUUUAAGACUGAACAAAUUGCUGAUGAGAAUUAUGUGUGCAUUAAUUAUUUAUAGUGUUUAUGAAAUGUAAGGUUCAUUGGAAUACAGUGAAUCUGUGUAUAUCAGUUUGUAAAAUUUGUCAUUUUCCUGUUGUGUGUUAUAACAUAUCCAUAAUUGCCAACUACUGAUGCUUGUUUCCAGUUUGUCUUGGAGAAAACUCAUCAGUGAAUUUGGUGUAAUUAUUACUGAAGGUUACAUCCUUUUGAAUGCCGUGGCGCGAGAGUCGACUAAUUCCUCUUCCCCUGUUAACUGCCACACUACCUGCUUGUGUACCAGUUACCAAUAGAGCCUGGCGUGUCAACCAAAACUGUUAUGUUAACAGAUUCCUAUUUUAGCAGUUGGUAUUGCCACAAAUAAUUUUGUGUACAUACAAGAUUAAACAUUGUGUGUUUGAUUUGUAGCCUAACGCAGCCAGAACUUUCUGAUUCAGUAGUGUCUGACCACACACAGCAGUUCCGUAAUCAGCUCUAUGUUGUGUCCUCAAUUUUGCUUUUGUACAUAUGCUUACUUGAUUGUAUAUUAUGUUGCUAUAUUAACUAUACUUGGCUUGUAGGCAAUCUGUAGCCAAGUUUGUGCAUAGUUGUUACCCUCCAAUUUGUCUUUGUAAACUAUGUCUGAAAAUAUUUUGUAAAAUUAAAAUAUUCUCAUCAAAAUUCAUUUUGUUAUAUUUCAUCCUGUUGACCAACUUUUGCACGUCAGCAGAAAGAUUGAAUGAAGAGAUCAGAUUAAUGAUACAUGCAGGUGACAAAAGAAAUUCCUAGCACAUGGAUAUGUUGUUGGGGCAACUACUGGGGACAUGUCUCAAACAAUUACAUGUCUUUAUAGAGGGGUGCUUUGAUUUUCAUUGAUUUGAUUUGCUUGCUUCUUAACUGAGCACGGAUAAUGCUGACCUGGCAUGCUACUGACAUGUCUCUAGAAGUGGAUAGAAGAAAAUCCAGGAUUUCAGAAAUAAAGGAAAUUCAUCAUGAA